AUGUCUCCGUCUUCAUCCGCAGGAUCCUCUCCAGCUGGGUCACCCAUUCAUCUGCCUGCCGACUCUUCACCUUUAUCAUCUCCGGGCCUGGAGUCCAAUGACUUUGACUUUGAAAGCGACGCCAGACCGCCUUGGAAACCGUUAUUUGAACAUCCAUAUGCUGGGUCCACAAAUUCGACAAGGCCGCCGCCCAUGUACGAGAAGAAGCCUCCGCGAGUCCUCUCUGAGAACGAGAUCGAGAACUACGACGAUCCCUGGGCUGCACCAGCCGUGGAUAUGCCGCUUGGGAAUCCUUGGAGAGUUCCAAUGGUGCCGCGUAGUGUGCCUACGCCGGAGGAGUUGACGCGAGAACAGCAGGAGCAUCAGUUGUGGGCGGAGACGAUUAACAGUGCGGUCGAUGAAGCUAAGGGCAUAGUUGAUCUUGCUCAUCGUAAUCUUACUCUCAUAUCCCCGACGAUUCGCGACCUCGCCCACCUCAUCAUCAUGCCUGCCCCUGUACCACCAAUAUCUACUACCCCCGACAGUCCUUCAUCGCGCGACUUCAUACGCACUCAAACGGACCCUGCAUCCGCAGCGCAACGGUCUCGGGCUCUCUUCGCUACCCGUCAGCCGCAUCUUCAUACCCAGAACGACGCGAACGAUCCCGGAGGAUUGAGACUCUUUCUCGCUCAGAACCAGAUCGUCCGUCUGCCCCGAGAGCUUUUCGACCUGACGAAUUUGACCGUUUUGUCUAUCCGCAAUAACCUCAUCGAACGUAUCCCACCACAAAUCUGCCAGCUCGUUGCUCUCCGUGAGCUCAACAUCUCGUCGAACCGUCUUAGAUUCCUUCCAGCCGAGAUGGCGUCUAUGCCCUCGCUCCAGAACCUAUCCAUUACCGGCAACCCUUGGCUCCCCGAACCGACACCUCCACCCCCAGCAUCCACUUCUUCGCCAUCCUCGUCCAUAUCUGCUCCAGGCUCGUCCUCUGACACCUCAGGGCUAAGCCCUGCCCAGAACGCGACAGACGUACGCGGCGUCGUGGAACUACCUCGCUCUAUAGCUGGCGAGACGAUCACCCUGCUCGAAACACGUGUCCAAUCCCUCUUUGAGCUCAGCUAUCGAUAUCUGAACUCGCCCGCCCCUUCAACCGCGACAACUAGCACGCGUUCCCUUACAGCCACAUCUUCAUCACCUACCGUUCUGCCUUCAUCGGCCCCGCCUUUCCUCGUAACCAACAUAACACCGAAAAAGAUUCGUCCCACAUCCAACGACGUGGUAUCGCCCUCUCCCCUCAAGAAAUUCAAACGCUCCUUCACUCGGACGCCUACCAACCUGACCACCAUCGCCAGCCCUCCCCUCCCCGCUGAAGGCUCUCCUAACGUCCUUCGUGCUUUGCGAGGUUGUGGCGCGGAUAUCGUGGCGAAGAGUAUUCCGAGUCGGGGGGAUGGGAAGGAGGUGAAUGGAUAUGUCGACGGAGAGGAUAUGAACGACGAAUGGGCGUUGAAGAGAUGUCCUAACCCGUCGCAUCGGGUCCGUGUGGCCCCCGCCCGAGAGGGCGAUGCGGGUACGAGCGGUGAGACUGGAAAGGGAGAGGAGGAGUGGUCGAAAGAAGGGGAGGAAUGGUCAUGGGUGUACGAGGGUCCGCCGUUCUUGCAUCCCGCGGAGGAGAGGUUUGUUUGGGUGGAGAAGAUCGCUGGGCAUAAGGUCGGGGAAAAGUCUGGACGGGUGCCGUUGUUGUGGAGGGGUUGUUCGCACGGGUGCUUGGAUUUCUUGGCCGGGAAAGUAGACGAAGUUGGAGCCUCGGGUGCAAUGGAGGUCGGGGGAGGAGCAGCGCUCGUAGCGGCGGGGGCGAAUGUGGCUCCGGCGAUCUAG